CAACACAUAUAUAAUAUUAAAAUGAACACCUCAAAAUAUCAAGAAGAAUUAAUUGCUACUGCUAAAGCUAUUGUUGCACCAGGUAAAGGUAUUUUAGCAGCUGAUGAAUCAACUGGUACCAUUGGUAGCCGUUUCCAAAAAAUUAAUUUAGAAAAUAUUGAAGAAAACAGAAGAGCUUACAGAGAACUUUUAAUUGGCACUGAAGGUGAUGUUACUAAAUUUAUUGGUGGUGUAAUUUUAUAUGAAGAAACUCUUUACCAAAAGAUGGCUGAUGGUACUCCAUUUGCAACCGUUUUAAAGAAUAAAGGUAUCCACAUUGGUAUCAAAGUCGAUAAAGGUGUUACUCCAAUCCCAAAUACUGAUGGUGAAACCUCAACUCAAGGUUUAGAUGGUCUUGGUGAUCGUUGUAAGAAAUAUUAUGAAGCUGGUGCUCGUUUCGCAAAAUGGAGAGCUGUCUUAAAGAUUGAUGUUGCCAAAAAUCUUCCAUCAAACUUAUCAAUUUUAGAAAAUGCUCACACCCUUGCUCGUUAUGCUGCCAUUUGCCAAGAAAAUGGUUUAGUUCCAAUCGUCGAACCAGAAAUUUUAAUGGAUGGUGACCACUCAAUUGAAGAUUCAGCUAGAAUUACUGAAAAAGUCUUAGCUGCUGUUUUCAAAGCUCUCAAUGACCACAAUGUUUUAUUAGAAGGUGCUCUCUUAAAACCAAAUAUGGUUUUAGCUGGUACUGGUUACACUGGUGAAAAACCAACUGCCAAAAAGAUCGGUGAAUUAACUGUUCGUACUCUCCAACGUACUGUUCCACCAGCUCUUCCAGGUGUUGUUUUCUUAUCAGGUGGUCAAACUGAAAUUGAAGCCACUCAAAACUUAAAUGCUAUGAAUGUUGUUCCAAAUCGUCCAUGGUCCUUAUCAUUCAGUUAUGGUCGUGCUUUACAAGCUUCAGUUAUUAGCACUUGGAAAGGUGAUGCUGCUAAUGUUGAAGGUGCCCGUAAAGUUUACUUACACCGUGCCAAAUGCAACUCACUUGCUCAAUUAGGUAAAUAUGAAGGUGAAGAAGCUUCAGCCUCUGCCAGUGAAUCAUUAUAUGUCAAAGAUUAUAAAUAUUAAAUAAAUUUAUUUCAAAAAAAAAAACUAUAAUAUAUAUAAAUAAAUAAAUAAUAAAAAAAAUUUACAAAAAAAAAAAAAAAUCAUUGAUCAAAAUU